AUGGAAGGCAUUCAAAUAUUUGGGUUUUACCUUAUAUCUUUGUAUGAAACAUAUGUGCCAAUAUACCAAUGUAAUGACGAGUACUGUAUCUAUCUUUUUCAUGUCCAGAAAAUGCAAAAGACUAAUUUCUCCACAAUAAUAUUAUUAGGAUUCCAAACUGAGGACACCUAUAGAGCGCUCUUGUUCAUUCUGCUCGUUGUGAUCUACUGCGUGACACUCUUCGGAAAUGUCCUGAUUAUAACACUGGUGUCUCACAGCAAGAGCCUCCACUCUCCCAUGUACUACUUCCUCACACAGCUCUCUAUCUAUGACAUCAUGCUGACCACAGAUAUUGUCCCCAAUAUGCUUCAUAUAGUGCUGCACGAUGAGGCCACCAUUUCUCUUAUUGGAUGCAUCACUCAGUUUUAUUUAUUUGGCUCAGCAGAAGAAGGAGAAUGUUUUAUUCUGAUGGUGAUGUCGUACGAUAGAUAUCUGGCCAUAUGUAAACCAUUACACUACAUGUGCAUAAUGAACAAUACAUGUUGCCUUAACCUAAUUAUUGUAUCUUGGGUUUUGAGUUUCUCUUUAUCAUUCAUCGUUACAGUCAUGAUGGGUGAUCUGCAAUUCUGUGGGCCAAAUAUCAUCGAUCAUUUCUUCUGUGAUUUUAAUCCAAUAUUACAACUUUCCUGUUCAGAUAUUUCUAAUAUCCUAAUGACAUCUGUAUUGCUUGGGGUUUUUGACUUAGUUUGUCCACUCUUUUUAAUCAUUCUUUCAUACGCUUACAUUGUCUCAGUCGUAUCAAAAAUAUCUACAUCAACCGGCAGAUGGAAAUCCUUUUCUACAUGCAGCUCUCAUCUGACUGUCGUGUGUAUAUUUUAUGGGACGCUAACAGCUACAUAUAUGCUUCCAAACAAAGGACGAUUACUGAUAAUUAGUAAAAUACUAUCAAUGCUGUACACUGUCAUCAUUCCAUUUUUAAACCCUUUCAUAUACAGUUUGAAGAAUAAUGACAUCAAGGAAGCUUUGAUAAAAAAGUUGCAUCUUUUCAAUGUUUUUGUUCAACAAAGCAUACAAUAA